AUGAGAAAGCUCCUCUGGGAGGUGAUCCGGUUCAUGACAAUUUGGGAGAUUGUCAAGAGGCUCAUCAGCCCUGCUGAUUAUGCCCUUGUGGCUCUCUUCGGGGCGUCUAUGAAUCGUAAGUUCCUUCAAUUGGACUCUCCAGAUCAUUAUUCUUCGGUUGGUUUGGUGCUCUGUCACUCUCUUUUGGCACUGACAAAUAAGACAUUCGGCCUUUUACGUUGGACCAAGUCUUGUUGGAACUCUUUCCGAGGUGCUGCUACUCCUCGCGACGAAGAAAAGGCCGAUACCAAUGCAAACGUUUCUCCUCUGGCCCUCAAGGGAAAUCCCAACCUCCUGAGCAUCCAGAGGCUCCGGCCGACCAGGGUGGUCCUGCUCCUCCUGCUCGCCGAAGCUCCCGUAUUACAGUUAUGGCUCCUGUCCAUUAUACUUCCUAGGCAAACCCGGCAAGUUUAA